AGAACAGUUGACACCUACGCCUUUUACCUGAGCCGAAGAGCUCCCAUCGUACUUCCAACAAGCCUCGCAGUCCACUCACGGGACCUACGCCACACACUAUCUCUCAAAAUGCCGCGCGCAGAAGCAGGAAGCACAAAGGCCAUCAGCAACAAGAUCAAAUCCAAAGGACUUCAGCGACUCCGAUGGUACUGUCAGAUGUGCGAGAAGCAAUGCCGAGAUGAGAACGGUUUCAAAUGUCACACUCAAAGCGAAAGCCACGUAAGAAACGCGCUUUUGGUUGGCGAGGAUCCGAAGAAAUAUAUCGAAGAGUACAGCAAGGACUUUUUGAAUAACUUCCUUACUCAGUUGAGGACGUCUCACCAGGAAAAAGCUAUACACGCCAACAUAUUUUACCAGACUAUAGUUGCGGAUAAGACGCACGUGCAUUUGAACGCUACAAAAUGGAAGAGUCUUACGCAGUUUGUGGCUUAUCUGGGACGGGAAGGACUUUGUCGCGUUGAGGAGACGGAGAAGGGUCUUUUUAUUGCGUAUAUCGAUCGGAGUCCGGAGGCAAUGAGGCGGAGAGAGGCACUCUCGAAGAAAGAGCGUCAGGAUCGUGGUGAUGAGGAGAGGGAGCAACGACAGAUUCAGGAGCAGGUUGAGCGCGCGAAGCACAAUGCGGACAGGGAGGAGGAGAUAGAUCCUGAAGCGAGAAAUCUGCAGCGGAAGGAGGGUGAGAAAGUCAAGCUUAAUAUUGGCUUUGGUUCGAAGGCGAGCGACGAGUCGAAAACCGAAUCCCCGAAACCACAGUCUCCCGAGGAAAAGGAUAAGGCCGCUUCUUCGGCGACGCCGGAACCUGCUGCUACUUCUGCAUCUCCAGAUUCGGCCCCUGCUCUGGCCCCGGCUCCUGCUCCUGCUCCUGCCCAGGAUGCGCCAAAGCCGGCAGUCAAACUGUCGAUGUCAUUGGGUGACAAGAAACCGAAGAAUGUGUUUGCUGCUGCGGCGAAGAAGAACCCCCUUGCCGGGAAGAAGGGCCCCGUGAUGGAAGCUCCCAAGAAGAUGAGUGAGCAGGAAAGGAUCAUGAAGCAGGAAAUGGAGACAAUGGAGAAGAAGCGCAUGCGUGGAGGAUUUGGAAUGCCGAACCCCAAGCGCCCGAAAUUGUCGUGAAGUCGACUCAUCACUGAUAUUUCCCCUUUACAAACGUCCAACAGCAAUUUGGAUUCUUGACCACUAUCGCCUAACAGGUCACGCGUCGAUUCCAUACAUCCCCACGGAAUCUGAUUAUGAUGGUUAAAUGUCACCCGACUUAUUCGAACUGCGUGGUUGUGGCUACGGAAAGUAAUCACUUCCAUAUACGUUAUACGGUGUGACACUGCUCGGUCUGCGGAAACAUCG